AAUAAAUAAAAAAAAAUAUUUACAUUGUAAAUAUUGAAAUAAUAUGAAAGUAGUUCAUUAGAGGGCGCAGGUCAUGUCCGCCGUCCAUGUUGACACGUAGUAGCGCCUCUACUGGACGUGAUCGACGGUAAUAACAAAUGAUGCUACAGCUGAGUCAAUAGGCGUAUAUGUAUACGAGCGUGGUGCUUGUAAAUCUUGUGAAAAAAGUCAUUAAACUUUUCAGUAGACAAUUGAGUAUAACAGAUGUGUAGUUCGAAUCUCGGGACGUGAUAAAAACUAGUGCUUUCGCGAGUGUAGGUAAUUUCUCCGCGAAGCAAUUAAAAUGAAUUCACUUGGCGAAUUCUGUUCUCUUUUUUGCUGCCCGCCCUGUCCGUCCAGAAUAGUAGCAAAGCUUGCAUUCGCACCUCCGGAACCAACGUACAGCUUUGUUGAGGACGAAGGUUCUAAGUUUGCAAUAUCUUUAUCAAAGAGAGCAGAGUGGCAUUAUACUGAAAGAGAGAAAGAAUCUAUUGAAGGCUUUUAUGCUAGAACGUCACGGGGCAAUCGAAUUGCAUGUCUAUUCGUUCGUUGCUCAGCUACAGCUCGAUUCACCAUUCUCUUUUCUCAUGGAAAUGCUGUAGAUUUGGGUCAUAUGUCAAGUUUUUAUCUUGGUCUUGGAUCCAGAAUUAAUUGCAAUAUUUUUAGUUAUGAUUACUCCGGUUAUGGAGUAUCAGGUGGUAAGCCAUCAGAAAAAAAUCUUUAUGCUGACAUCGAUGCUGCCUGGCACGCAUUAAGAACUAGAUAUGGGAUUAGUCCUGAAAAUAUUAUUCUAUACGGUCAGAGUAUUGGUACUGUGCCCACUGUUGAUCUUGCUGCUAGAUAUGAAGUAGGAGCAGUUAUUCUUCACUCUCCUUUGAUGUCGGGCAUGAGAGUUGUAUUCCCUAAUACUAAAAGAACUUGGUUCUUUGACGCUUUCCUCAGUAUAGACAAAGUACCAAAAGUAAUGUCACCUGUGUUGGUAAUACAUGGCACGGAAGAUGAUGUCAUAAAUAUCAGUCAUGGACUAGCGAUUUACGAGAGAUGUCCCAGGGCUGUUGAACCAUUGUGGGUUGAGGGAGCUGGUCAUAAUGACGUGGAACUCUAUAAUCAGUAUUUAGAACGACUGAAGCACUUUGUAAGCGUAGAAUUAGUAAACUGACGUCUAUUGAGUAGCUCCCAAAAUCAGGGAGACCAAGGCGAUAAUGAUAGUGUUAGUCGUACGAAGUUAAAUACUAUUAAUCGUGCGAAUCGUGCGAAGGUAAAUACUAUUAGCCGUACAAAAAUAAAUACUAUAAGUCGUGCAAAGGUAAAUACUAUUAGUCGUAC